AUGGCGAUUGGUCUUCAGCCUUCGUUCGUCGCCACCCACAUCAACUCUGCCGUCCCGUCUCUUACGUUACCUCCGCAAGUUUCCACCUUCCCCCUCACAUUUGCGCGCAUUCCACCCGCAAGUGUCGCGCCUCACCACUUCCCCAUGCGUCCUCCCCCGCGCGCCCCUCCGCGGGGCACCUUCCCGCGCACGGAUCCGCUCAUCGCCGCGAACAGCGGCGGCACGCGCGGCAGCAGGGGGCGACGAGCCGCUUCCCGCGGGUGGCGACCCGGCGUUGGCAGCAGCGGCGUGGAAGGCGCUGGUAGCGCAACCUCCAUCUCUAUCGCUAUCCGUUUCUCAUCUCUCACCUCUUCUCACCGUCUCUCACCCCUUCCCACUCACCUCCACCCUCUCUCACAGACCUCGGCGGAGCUCCUGGCACUGCGACCAACGGUGGUGAGAGGGAACGCAUCUGAAGUGCUUGCUCUGGCAGGCGCCGUCAGCGCAAACACCCGGGGGGUAGACAGCACAGUGGCAUCAACAGCAGCAGUGGCGGCAGCGCAGCAGCUGGCAUCAGAGCGGUUAACAGUGGUGGCAGUGUCGGGAGCAACUGACUUUAUGUCUGGCCUCUCCUUUCUUCCCCACACUCCCCACCAGGGGGUAGACAGCACGUGUCGGGAGCAACAGAACUCGUCCCCUGCUUCUCCUUCCUCUCCCCACCCCCCCACACAUCCUCCCCACCAGGGGGUAGACAGCACAGUAGCAUCAACAGCAGCAGUGGCGGCAGCACAACAACUGGCAUCGCAGGGAGGGACAGUGGUGGCAGUGUCAGGAGCAACGGAUUUCACCACAGACGGCCACACCAUGCUGGCGUGUGGCAACGGGGUGCCUCUCCUGCAAGCCAUCACCGCCACAGGCUGCAGCGUCACUGCUCUCAUCACUGCCUUUGUUGCUGCUGCUGAUGGUCAUGGUCCUGCUUCGGAUGCGGAUCUGUCACCGCCUCUUCUCGCCACGGCCUGUGCUCUCGCUGUUUACGGGUAA